UUAAAGAAGACAUGCAUAAUUCUAUUUUAAAAACGAUUUUGUUUGGGGGUUCUCUUUAUGUCUUUCGCUCUCUCCUCUUCUUCACUAGUUUUUUUUUUUUUUUUGAGAAAGAACUCUUCUUCACUAGUUCUCUAUAUACUUUUGUCUACCUCACAUCUUUUUGCAUCCUCCAACUCCAAAUAUCCAAGUUUUCUCUAUAAGAUUUAUAUUCUUCCAUUUUCCAAUAUUAAUGGAUAAUACCAACCGUCUUCGCCGCCUUCGCAGUCGCAAGCAAAUCAAGUUUACGCGAUAUGACUCCGAAGAAGUCAGUAGUAUGGAAUGGGAGUUUAUCAGUAUGACCGAACAAGAAGAAGAUCUCAUCUUUCGAAUGUACAGACUUGUCGGUAACAGGUGGGAUUUAAUAGCAGGAAGAGUGGCAAGACGAGAGGCAAAUGAGAUAGAGAGAUAUUGGAUAAUGAGAAACUGUGAUUAUUUCUCAAACAAACGACGUCAACACUCUCUUAAUUAAACUCCAUGUUUUUCUCUUUCUCCUCCUUAAUUUAUGUUACAUGUGAACAAGAAAAGCUUAGGGGGUUGUUUAGUGGAACAAACCUUCAAUAUGUUCAUCUUUUCAAUCUUUAAUCGUUUACAAUAUGAAAAAAAAAA